GGACUUGUAAAAUAUCUUUGGGAAGACCGGUGAGUCUGAAGUCUGAACAUGAACGAUUAGAGUUAUAAUUCUUCAUUGGUUCAUUCCAAGUCUUCAAUGAUAAAGAUUAAAUAAUGGAAUGAGAACAAACCCCGUGGUCUAUUCUAUAAGUCAAGUCUUUGUCGUCUUCUAAAACUAAAAAGUCUUCAGCAAGAGUCGGUGACUACGCUUUCUUGGUAAUUAAGUUCCAUCUACGCGGUAGCUUAGCUCUCAACAUAAUGGCUUUCUUUCUUCCAUCGACGCGGUAGCUCUCAACAUAAUGGCACUACUGUCACUACUGCCUGGUCGAGUUUUUUUUAUAAGGACCCAGAAAGCGAGAGAGCAUUUAGUACUUGUACACUACUGCCUGGUCGAGUCGAGUCUCUGAGUUUUGUUAUCUUCUGUUUUUUCAAAUGGCACUUCUGUUUUAGUGUUUUGGAUCCAGUACUUAAGUUGAGAGUCUCUCUGUUUUAACCAAACCCUAUUUUCAGAGUUGGGUGGUCUUUGUAGACUUGUAGUUAACUAGUUAUUAUGGAAGUGGUUGCCACAAUUGUAGGGGCUGCUCUGGGAGCAGCGUUCCAGCAGCUCUUUGAUGGUGUUAUAAAGGCUAACAGAAAAGCUACAACCUUUAAUUCCGUCUUCAGGGAUCUCAAUUUCACACUCCAGUCUUAUCAAGAAUUGGUUAAAGGUAUAGAACAAGUUGAAAAUUUUCAACCAUUGCAGGGCCUAGAUGGUUUCAAAACGAAGAUGGAGGAGGGCAUACAGCUUGUUGACAAGUGCUCCAAUAUUCAUCCCUUGCAGUUGAAGAUGAAUUUCUUCAAAAAGAAGAAAUAUGUUGGAAAACUUCGUGCAUUGGAUGGAUCUCUUAAACAACUCUUCCUCAUAUUGAAAUGGCAAGUAGACAACAAUCUGAUGAACAGGGUAAGCAAUUUGCAGACGACGGUCGACCGAAUUGAUAGGAACGUGGUGGCGCAAAACCGAACUGAUCGGUGCGUGGUACCUAAUCCUCCGUCAUUUACUGUUGGAUUGGAUGAGCCUUUGAAGGAUUUGAAGAUGAAGUUUCUAAAUGAUGAUCGAGUGUCAAUGCUUGUGCUCGCUGCUCCUGGAGGAUGCGGGAAAACCACUUUGGCACAGAUGUUCUGUCAAGAUGAGGAAGUCAAAGAAAAAUUCAAUAGGAAUAUUUUCUUUGUCACUGUUUCGGAAAAGCCCAACUUGGACCGUAUUGUAGCAGAACUGUACCAGAGCACCGGAUCCCAAGUACCUGCGUUCCAGAAUGAAGCAAAUGCACUCUGUUGGCUGCAAAAUUUUUUGACAAAAACAGGACAAAAUCCUCUACUUUUGGUCUUGGAUGAUGUUUGGGAUGGCUCUUCAGAAUCCCUGCUGCUUGAUAAGUGUCAUGAAUUCAAAAAUCCAAAUUACAAGAUUUUGGUAACAUCAAGAUUUCAUUUUCCAAGAUUUCGUUCUUCAUAUGAAUUAAGUCCGCUAAAUGAUGAAGAUGCAAUGUCCCUUUUUCUUGAUACAACAUCGUUGGAAGAUAGCGAGUUUGUUAUCCCAACAGAUUUGGUGAAAAAGACUGUAAAGCUCUGUAAAGGAUUUCCACUAGCCAUUUCAGUGAUCGGAAGAGCCCUUUGCAACCAACCAGCCGAGAUCUGGGAAAGAAGAGUGAUAGAAUUGUCUAAAGGUUCUUCCAUUCUUGAUUCUGAGAAAUUGUUGCUUGAUAGACUACAGAGCAGCCUAGAUGCCUUGGGUAAAGAAGUGGCUUUAGUCAAGGAAUGUUUCAUAGACCUCAGUUCAUUUCCUGAAGACCAAAGAAUCCCAGCUGCUACCCUCAUUGAUAUGUGGUCAGAGUUGUAUGGCCUAGAUUUAGAUUCUUUGUCCGUUGCUUUCCUGCAUGAUCUCAGCACCCGCAGUCUAGCCAAUCUCAUAGUCAUAAGGAAUGCGAAGGUGGAUGCGAAUGGCUACUAUAAUGAACACUUUGUUACCCAGCAUGAUAUACUUAGGAGCCUGGCUAUCCAUCAGACUGGUCAUGACCCAACAGGACAUAGCAAAAGGCUGAAUAUAGACAUAUGCAAAGAUGAUAUUCCUAAAUGGUGGUCAGAACAUAAGCAGAAACCCAAGAAGACUCGCUUAUUAUCCAUCUCAACCGAUGGGGCGUUUUCAUCAAAAUGGCACAACAUGCAUCUGCCGAAAGCUGAGGUUCUGGUUUUGAAUUUUCAGACAAAGAACUAUGCCUUUCCCAAAUUCAGGAAGAUGUCGAAGUCGUUGAAGGUUCUAAUAGUCACAAAUUAUGGUGUCAUACCAGCUGAAGUGAGUAACUUUACAUCAUUGGGUUCUUUAUCAGAGCUGAAGAGGAUAAGAUUAGAGCGCAUUUCAGUUCCUUCCAUUACCAAGAACUCCAUACAGUUGAAUAGUCUACAAAAGAUAUCUUUAUUCAUGUGUAACAUCGGGCUAGCUUUUAGCAACCCUUCCUUCGAAUUUUUUAAGGCAUUCCCAAGCAUUAAAGAAAUCAACAUUGACUAUUGCAGUGAUAUGGUGGUAUUGCCUGCUGACAUCCGUCUUCUAAUCCAUCUAAAGACGCUCAGUAUCACCAACUGUCAUAAGCUAUCUACCUUGCCUGCAAUGAUUGGAAAGCUAGUCAAUUUAGAAGUUUUGAGGUUAAGGUCCUGCACAGCCUUGUCAGAUUUGCCAAGUUCAGUUAGGAAACUCGAAAAACUAAAGGUUCUUGACAUAUCCAAUUGCUACAGCAUUAAGGAGUUGCCUGAACACAUUGGCGAAAUGUGCUGCUUAGAAAAGCUCAACAUGAGGCAGUGCUCGAGAUUGCAAGAGCUGCCUGAAUCAAUUUUGGAUCUUCAAACGUUAACUGAUGUGAUAUGUGAUGGGGAUACAAAAGGGUUAUGGGAACCUUACUUGCCCCGUCUCAGCAACCACAUAAAGAUAAGGGUGGUCGAAGAGGAAAUCAACCUAGAUUGGCUUCAAAUGGUUCGCUCUUGAGAGCUUAAUUCCUCUAUACAUGUAUGUGUGCUCAAUUUCUUCCCGGUUUUCCUUCUGUCGUUUGUUUCUUUGUUUUCUUUGCUUUUGUAAAACAACAUGGGAUAUUAUAUAUGGGUGUUGUGAAAUCUGUGGAGAAACAGAAUAUUUGAAUUUUCACCAUUUUUACAGGAUACAUGAAAUGGCGCUCCAGAAGGUUCAUUCUUGA